AUGGCAUUUGCCAAUUUCCCAGUCGUGGACAAAGAUGGCGCGCACAGCGCCAUUAUCCUUUGGCCGGUGGAGACUGUCGGUCCUUCUUUAGAGUUGGCCGCCUGGUCAUGGGCACGGUUGUUGAGCUCCAUCACCACCAACCAAUCCCCGUCCUUUCUAUUGAAUGGAUCUCUAAUCCAAGUAGAUUUAUUUGCUCAGGCAGCUCAGCCCAUUCGGCCGCCCAACUUAGAUGCUGUAUCAAAUCUAUCUGCACUUGCUACAAAGCCCACCGCGGUGGUCGUGGGGACCGAUCCAUCAGUCCUUCAUACUUCUUCCUUCUCGCUUGCUCCUUCUCUAACGUGGGUCGUGGAUCCCACCACUCGAACCAGUACUCUGUAUUCAUCCACCAACAUGGAUCUUGCAGCGGUACAACAACUGGGAAGUCGGCUCACACAUAUUGUGGAAGAGCAGACAAGGUCAGACUCACAGCUAGAAAUCUCUAUCUCCAAAGUACCUGCCAUGUCUGUCAUCAAUCCAUCGCCUUGCAUACUACCGGGUCCACAACUACUUCAUAACUUAGCCCUGAGUGGCUCUUAUGACUCGGGUCACUCCAAAAAUGCCAUCGAGUUUUUGACCGCGGAAGGAAAAAUCCGUUGCUUGUCAUACCAUUCUCUUGAUCAGCUGUCAUCAAAGCUGGCCACCCAAAUUGCCCAUGCCGCGGCAGCUCGAGCCGAUGGUAAGCAAAAGUUAGUGGUUCCUGUGCUCUUACCGCAAUCUAUGGAAUUAUACAUUACUUGGUUGGCCAUUUUGAAGGCAGGUGGUGCCUUUUGCCCAUUGAAUAUUGAUGCGCCACCAGAAAGGAUAGAAUUCAUUCUGCAAGACGUAGCAGCCUCGGUGGUGGUCACGUAUGGCGCGCUGGUCGCCCAAGUACCCCAAGGUGCACCGGUGACGGUGAUUAAUACCGAUGGAAUCGAGGCCGGCCAAGCCGACGAUGCGGAUUUCACACCACCGGUCAUCGACACCACACCUUCAGAUCUAGCGUACGUAAUGUACACAUCCGGUUCAACUGGUCGCCCCAAAGGUGUUGGUAUCUCUCAUCUGGCAGCCACACAAUCUUUGCUGGCCCAUGACGAGUUGAUACCCCCAUUCAAUCGAUUCUUGCAAUUUGCAUCCCCCACAUUUGAUGUUUCCGUGUUCGAAGUGUUUUUCCCCUUCAUGCGAGGUGUCACCCUCAUUGGUUCGGAGAGGGAAAACAUGCUGCUGGAUAUCUCUCAUGUCAUGACGGUGAUGAAAGUAGAUGCCGCCGAGCUCACUCCCACCGUCGCGGGAGAACUGUUGCGUACCCGUGCUGCAGCACCCUCCUUGCGAGUGCUACUUACAAUCGGUGAAAUGCUCACAAAACAUGUGGUGGAGGAGUUUGGCCAAUCAGAAUCCUCGGACGGAAUUCUACAUGGGAUGUACGGUCCAACAGAAGCUGCAAUCCAUUGUACCGCGGCGACAGGGUUCCUGUCCGAUGCGCGAGUGAACUUGAUUGGCAAACCUUUCAAAACCGUAUCUGCCUUUAUUAUGCCUUUAGAAUCCGAAGACAAGUCGAACCACUCGAAUCUCCAAGCCCUUCCCAUGGGCGAGAUUGGUGAGCUUGUGAUCGGUGGACCGCAACUCGCAGAUGGGUACAUCAAUCGACCAGAAGAAAAUGCAAAGGCCUUUAUUGACAGCCCCUGGUACGGCAGACUCUAUCGCACGGGCGAUAAAGCUCGAAUGCUGCCGUCGGGUGAGAUUGAGUGCUUUGGUCGCAUCUCGAGCGGCCAAGUCAAGCUACGUGGUCAGCGAAUCGAACUGGGAGAGAUUGAACAUGUGAUCCUAAGAGCUCCCGAAGUGCGCAGUGCUGUGGUCAUCGUGGGUGGCGGCAGCUUGGCGGCAUUUGUUUUGGUCAACGACAAGGGUCUCACCGAUCGUGAGCUCCGCGACAUUUGCCGUCAGUGGCUACCUCGAUUUAUGGUACCGGGCGAAUUUAUUCUGGUCGAUCAAUUCCCCCAGCUCCCAUCGGGUAAAAUUGAUCGCAAGGCCCUUGAGGCAGAUUUCGCUCGUCGCCGCGCUACUGAGCAUUCUACUGAUCAACAAACUUUUCGAGACGAACUCGAGGAGACUAUUUCAUCGUGUGUUACCGAUGUUCUAGGAAGACAACUCAAGUCAACCGAAAGCUUGGUAGCAAGUGGUCUUGACUCGCUGGCAGCGAUCCGCUUGGCUUCACAUCUCCUAGAUGCUGGUAUCCGCCUGGAUGUGGCUCAUUUGUUGGAUGCUGAUAGUAUCGAUGGAAUUUGGCAACUGACCAAAGAGCUAGAGGCCAUAAAACCAACCGAAGAUUCGCAAGACGGUCUUUACAGGGUUCAACAAUUAGUUGCGAGUGCCGGAGCAGCCAGGAUAGAAUCUCUCGGAUUUGGCUCACAGGUGAUUGACAUUCAACCAAGUACUCAUAUUCAACAGGCAAUGAUACUGGAGACAGUUCGACAUGCCAAAGCGUACUGCAACUGGAUUGAGUUGGAAUUUCAAUCCACGGUCAACUCGGCUUCUGUUCAGGAUGCAUUUUUGAAACUGCUGGACCAAAACCCGCUUUUGAGAUGUGGAUUUGUCGAAAUUGGUCUAAAGGAUCACUCUUUUGCUCGCUUUACUUGGAAGGCGUUUAAUGAGCAGCUCAUUCAGAAACGAAGUGUCUUUGAUUACGACCUGUCUCUCAUAACCGAACACGACCUUCUUUACCCUCUUCGGAUCCAGUUCAAAGAAACCGAGAACAAACUCCAGGCCUUGAUUCAUAUCCAUCAUGCAUUGUACGAUGGGUGGUCUUGGCAAUUAAUUUUGAACGACCUUGGUCGUAUUUUACUUGGACAAGACAUUCCCUCUCGACCUACGUACAAUAUAGUGUCGGACUUCUUCAUCGAGCACAAACUCAGCGAGAAGAAUACCGAAUCCACACUUUUCUGGCGUGAUCAAUUACAAGGUCUUUCUGCCACCACUUUCCCCAAUUUCCAUGGGAAAACAGAUCUUGCACCAGGAACAAGAGAGGCCACGCGUGUUCUCAACGUCUCCGUCCCGAAACUUAACGAUGUAUCACAACGUCUUUUGAUAGGUCGACAGACAAUCUUCCAGGCCGCCUUUACCUCUAUUCUUUCUUCUUAUCUUGGUUCAUCAGAUGUUGUGUUCGGGACUGUGUUCUCGGGUCGCACCUUGCCAGUCAAAGGUAUUGAGGCGGUUAUUGGGCCAUGUAUUCGUACACUGCCAACACGGAUGAACCUCGAGAAGAUGAAGAACGUCUCCGACCUUCUUCUCGCAAUUCAAAACAUGAAUCGCAGAUCUCUUGAACAUGGCAGCCUUCCUCUUCAAGAAAUCAAAAAGGCUUCUGGGAUUCCCUUUCAUCAAAGCCUGUUCGACACUGCUCUGGUGUGGCAAGAAAACGUUUGGGAAAAUGAUACCCAGGGAGCGCUGUUUAGCGAGGUUGAUACAGCAGAAUUCUUGGAAUUUGCGCUUCUAUUGGAGUUUGAACCUAGAGGUGACAAGAUUCAUGCCAAGGCAACCUACCAGAAUUCCAUCUUCCCACCUGAACAGGCACGCAUUCUCUUGGAGCAAAUUGACUUUGCGGCUUCAAUUCUCAUCGAUUCUCCGACCCUUGCAAUCGAUCAAGUUUAUAAACAUCUUCCACUGUCAACUUUGUCAAUUUUGAACCCUAACCCCGAGACUGAGAGAAAUCGUUCCAGCCUUGUCACCGGAGUUGAGACGAUUGCCUUCGUUUACCCCAACCGAACAGCAAUUGAAAUUCUACCUUCCACCGAUCAGGAACCUAUCUCUUCCGACCUUCAAAGUAUCACAUAUGGCCAAUUAAAUGCCCAGGCUAAUCGACUUGCCAAUUAUCUCGUUCAACAGGGCCUGACAAGGGACAGCUUGGCCGCAAUCUAUCUUGUCAAAUCGAUCAAUUUCUACGUUUGCACAUUAGCGGUCGCCAAGAUUGGAGCCGGAUUAUUGCCUCUGAACGAUCGGAAAUUCUUGAAAACAAUAAACUCGAUCCGGGCAACAUCGGGCGUGCAACCUUGUGUACUUCGCCCAUCUAAAUCCCCCAAUGAAGAAUCAGCCUCCUUGCAUUCGGUCUCUCAGAUCUUUCUGCCUGAUUCCCUGGACAAUUACCCUGAUGGAAAUCUUCUCAUGACUCACGACUCCUUUUAUAUUGUUUGUUUCAAGGAAAGACUUGCCGGCAACGAGUCGGCGGAUCUUGCAUAUCUUUCUCACCAUAACCUGCAAAGCCAUAUCAACGUGCUGGCAGACAGAUACCCUUCCACCGCGGGAUCGAAAUUCCUGCAAGCUUCUUCACAGCCCAAUGCCUCAAUCAUUGAACCAUUCUUCGCAUGGCACAUGGGAAUCACAUUGUGUAUAGCAUCAGAUAAGGAUCUUGCGAAAUUAUCAUGCUCUAUCAUCAACCAGAUGAAUAUCACCCACCUUCAUCUGACUCCCACUUUGGCCUCUCGCAUAAUCCCCAAAGAGGUUCCGAGUGUUCGGUUCCUCCUUACGUCAGGGGAACCACUGACGGCCAAGGGACGUAUAUUUGCAGAGACUGACGAUGAGCCUCGUGGGUGUUUCUUUGAGCAUCCGAAGUUUGGCCGAUUUUACAGAAGCGGAGAUCAUGGCAGACUUCUUCCAGACGGAUCCAUUCUAGUGAUUCCCCAGCGUGGCCAGACAGUGCUGAGCAAUCAGUCUAUUGUUUUUGAAGAGAUUGAUUCCGCCAUGAAUUCUUUAGACGUCGUUGAAGAUGCCGUGAGUAUGAUUUUCAGAAGCCCUCUCACUAACCAGCAGCAAUUGAUUACUACCUGGUCUCCUUCAGAGCACGUCAAGGAACUACCUGACUCUGGAAAUCUUGCCUUGAUAACCAAGGAUAUUUUUGAGGCACUGAGCAAAAAGCUUCCCAUGGCUGCAGUCCCCUCUCUUCUCGUUCCGAUGGACAAACUACCAAUGACGGAAUCUUACAAGACUGAUUAUUCAAAAAUUGAGGAAGAGAUCAAGGCAAUGAGCCCAGAAAGACUCGGGACAUUCUCCCGCAAUGGCGUUGAUGAUUCUGAUGCAGAUUUUACUGAUAAUGAGAAGGCCAUUGCAGCCGCCCUGUCAGCAGUGAUUGGGGUUGAUCAACGGAGUAUUGGCAGGAACACAUCGUUUUACAAACUGGGGUUAGAUUCACUUUCUGCCAUUGCAUUCUCACGGAAGCUACAGGAUUUAGGGUAUGAAAGAAUUGCUGUCUCUAAGAUCCUGCGCCAUAGCUCCGUUGCGCAGCUAGUCACUGUUCUUCCUGGGAUGACCAAUGGCCACCGGCCAUCACUGCCCUCAUUGCAAAAUGACACCACAUUUACGUUUAAUGACAACUUCAUUGUUGAAAUCAAGAAUGAUUUUCAAAAUGAGAACGCCUCCGUACAAAGCAUCCAUCCGUGCACGCCGCUGCAAGAGGCUAUGCUGGCUGCUGAAUCUGAUACAAAUCCGGCUUACUUCAAUCACAUUCUACUUCGCGUGAACACCGAUCUCAAAGAUUUGGAAAGCGCAUGGAAUUUAAUGCUACAUCGACACAAUAUUCUCAGAACUUGCUUCAUACCGACCAACGAUAAAGUGUAUGCAUUUGCACAGGUGGUCCUAGACAACGCAGCUCUACCGUGGUUCUACAUUGAAACAUCCUCCCAUGAGCUCACCGAAGAAAUCGUGAAAAGAAAAUCCGUGUUCGAACUUCAAUCACCAAUCAAUGGGAAGCUUCCUUACUCAUUGACUAUUUUCACGGACUCUUCCACACAUGAUAACCAUCUCUUAUUGUCAAUUCAUCAUGCCUUGUACGAUGGUGAAGCAAUAGGACAGUUGCUACAAGAGAUUCAGCUUGCUCUUGCAGGCCAGGUCCUGCCCAAGACUACACCCUUCCAUACGUUUAUCGAAUACAUGGUAUCCGCUAGCCCCAAUGGAUCCCACGAAUUUUGGGAUCGAUAUUUAGCCGGUGUGGCGCCAACACUCCUACCCAUCGCCGAAAGAAACCAGGAGUUGAUAGAUUCCUCUGCAUCAGAGCAGAUCUACCUAAAUCUUAGUACCUCUCUUGACACAUUCAAGCAGGAGUGUAAGGAGCUCUCUGUGGCUCCAUUGAACGUUUUUCAUACCGCUUGGGCAAGACUGCUAGCUCUUUGCUCCGGCUCUUCUGAUGUCUGCUUUGGCAAUGUGUUCGGUUGUCGAACUAUUCCCUUGGAUGACGUGGAGAGUAUAAUUGGGCCCUGUUUUAACACACUCCCCAUGCGAGUCAAGCUGUCCCCUACUUCAACAAAUGCGAAUGUUAUGAGGCUUUUCCAGGAGCACAAUAAUGACAUUAUGCCUCACCAGCUUGACUCUUUGCGCACAAUCCAAAAGCGUACCUUGGGUGGAGGCUCUCAACUCUUCAAUACUUUGGUCAUUCUACAGCAAAGCAAAACUGAACUGGACCCAUGCUAUUGGGAACUUCUUCAAGAUGAAGGAAACAUGGGAUUCCCCCUUAUCUGCGAGAUCGUCCCUGACGAUAAGCAAAAUAACAUCUCCGUGUGUCUACACUUCAAUACAGCUUUCUUAACCGCAAAUGUGGCGACGAGCCUUGCACAAGGGUUUUUGGCUCUAGUGGAGCACACUGUGCAAUUUCCAUCUGCACAAGCUUCCGAUAAGGGAUCUAUCGGAGCAAGCAUUGCUCAAAUAUUUGAGACAAGACAAGACUGGAAAGAAGUUCGAAAGCAUACUUCUUUCCAGUCUUCUUCAAAGAAGACACAAAUGACUCGGCCGUGGUCUGCACAAGAAGAGACUCUCCGAAUAAUUGUCUGCGAUUUCGCAGGCAUUGAUAAAGAAGUUGUCACUCUGCAUACUACCAUCUUUCAACUUGGGCUUGACAGUAUUCAUGCUGUCCAAAUUUCAGGGAAACUUCGCAAACUUGGAUACAAGAUCUCGGCAGGUGACAUUCUUGAGGCUGCUUCCAUUGGUGAGAUUGCUUCGCUCUUUGAGACCAACCAGGAAAAAUCUCCAGAAGAAGAAUUCAACUUUCUUUCUUUUGAGAAUCAGUACCUUCCAUCCGUUCGUGAGCAGCUCGGCAAUUAUUCACACGCAGUCCAAGCUUUACGGCCUUGCACUCCUGUUCAGAAUGGAAUGCUGGCACUUUUUACUCAUUCUAAUGGCGAAACAUACUUUAAUCGCAUGUCGUUGAAGUUUUCAAGAUCGAUGAACAACGAAUUAUUGAAAAGGGCUUGGAGCAAGGUGAUGGCCCAGCAUGAGAUGCUACGAACCGGUUUUGUUCAACUGCCUGAUCAGCAGUACCCAUUUGCAAUGGUCACCUAUAAAGAAGAUAUUCAGCUCCCAUGGAAUGAAGCGACUGAGGACAAUGCAUAUAAACCUGAAGAUCAAGAGCAGGAUAUUCUUGGUAAUCUUUUCCGGCCUCCAUGGCAAAUCACCGUUGAGGCGUCUGAUGAAGUUACAACUGUGCGCUUCUCUGCGCUUCAUGCUCUUUACGAUGCACAAUCUCUGGAGUUCAUAUUUUCCGACGUGGUCAAAGCGUACGAAGGGGAAGCUCUAGCCGAUACCAGUUCAAUUGAAAGCACUCUUGGCCCAAUUUUGAUGGAGAGCCAAGCACAAAUUCAGUCUGCACAAAAAUUCUGGCAGGGACUUGCUUCAGAAGUGCAUUCAUCCAAAUUUCCAGAUCUCAAUCCUAUACGCACAGACAGGAAAGAGCUUUUAACCAGCUCCAUUUGUUCCUCGCAAUCUAUCAAAGCUCUCGAGGCUCGCUGUCGUGAUAUCGGUGUCACAUUGCAAUCAGCAGGGCAAGCAGCAUGGGCCAGGCUACUCGCUGGGUAUACAGGUGAAAAAAAUGUCACUUUUGGUACUGUUCUUUCUGGUCGCAAUUUAUCGAUAGCAGCACAGAAUGCUGUUUUCCCCUGUCUGGUUACUGUUCCAUCCCCUCACCGUAUUGAAGGAAGCAACCGGGAUCUGUUGGAUCUCACAUUGAAGAGGAACGCCUCCUUGACCAAGAAUCAGUUCACACCGCUUGCACAAAUCCAGCGCUGGCUUGGAAGUGAUGAGCCUCUCUUUGACACACUUUUUGUCUACCAGAAAUUCAGCUCGGACUCAACCAAGUCUCAAUGCUGGGAUAUUAUUGACGAAGAUACGAGGAUUGAUUACCCCCUCUCCAUUGAAUUGGUCCCAUUUUCAACCAAUCUUGAGAUCCGAGUCACUUACAGAAACGACCUUGUUCCUCAAGAGCAAGCCAUAGUUCUUCUGAACCAGUAUGAUAAGCUAUUGGAGCAAACCCUUUUUUCUCCCGAGUCCAGCUCGGAUGACUAUAUGUUUCUUGGAAACCAGUUUCUCUCCAUAACUCCUGCCAAAGAAAAGAUCUUACCCACGUCAGUGUCCUUAUUGCAUCAAUUUGUUGAGGAAAACGCCGCCAAGGUCCCAGAGAAGACUGCUUUUGAGUUCGCAUUUGGUGCGGACUUGGAUAACCUCCAGAAAAAGACUUGGUCUUACCAGCAAUUGAAUGAAGAUGGUAACCGAAUCGCCCAUUUUCUGCAGAGCAAGGGUGUCGCCCCAGGCGAGAUGAUCGCAAUCUGCUUCGACAAAUGCCCCGAAGCGUCAAUUUCUAUACUGGGCAUUCUCAAAGCUGGCUGCGCAUACUUGGCAAUCGAUCCUUCAGCUCCAGUUUCUCGCAAACAAUUCAUCAUGGAGGAUUCAAAUUCUAAGAUUCUGCUUUGCAAUCUACCAAAAAGGGAGGAGCUAAAGGAUCUAUCCGGUGUGGAAAUCUACGCACUAGAUGAGCCCGGUGUAUACCAAGACCAUCCCUGCUGUUCUCCUAUCCUUUCACGCGAAAUACAGCCAAACGAUACUUGUUAUUGUUUGUACACUUCGGGGACAACCGGAACGCCAAAGGGGUGUGAAAUUACCCAUGACAAUGCCGUGCAAGCCAUGAUGGCGUUUCAAAGGCUGUUCUCGCCUCAUUGGGAUGAGGAAUCUCGCUGGCUACAAUUCGCGUCUUUCCAUUUUGACGUCAGUGUUCUAGAGCAAUACUGGAGCUGGAGUGUUGGAAUCUGUGUCACCUCUUGUCCGCGUGAUCUCUUAUUCGAGGAUCUACCAGGGACGAUUCAGAAGCUCCAAAUCACACACAUUGAUCUGACACCCAGUUUAGCAAGAUUGGUACACCCAGAUGAUGUCCCUUCCCUCUGUCGAGGAGUAUUUAUUACCGGUGGAGAAGCUCUGAAGCAAGAAAUCCUUGACGCCUGGGGGCACCAUGGAGUUAUCUACAAUGGAUACGGACCAACAGAAGUCACUAUCGGCUGUACUAUGUUACCCCGGAUGCGUGCCAAUGACAAGCCUUCCAAUAUUGGGCCCCAAUUCGACAAUGUUGGUUCCUAUGUUUUCCGUCCAGGAACUUCGACACCCGUUCUGCGAGGCGGUCUUGGCGAACUCUGCGUAUCCGGUCCACUCGUUGGGAAGGGGUACUUGAAUCGAGCUGAGCUGACGAAGGAACGUUUCCAAGAUUUGCCCGAAUAUGAAGAUCGUGUUUACCGAACAGGUGACCUGGUCAGAAUUCUAUUUGAUGGCAGUUUCCAAUUCCUUGGUCGUAUUGAUGACCAAAUCAAGUUGCGAGGGCAACGACUCGAGAUAGGAGAGAUCAAUGAAGUCAUCAAACAAGCUACAUCCAAGUUGAAUGAAGUUGCUACACUGGUUGUCAAGCAUCCAAAGCAAUCCAAAGACCAACUCGUCUCGUUCGUCUCCAAGCUAGGCACCGACAACAAGUCUCGCUCGGUUGAAAUCCAUACUUCCGAUGAUAAUGGAUCAUUUCUAUCAACCAUCAAGGCAGCCUGUCUUGCGUAUCUGCCAGGAUAUAUGGUACCAACACAUAUUAUCCCGCUGACUCGCUUCCCUUUAUCUGCCAACAACAAGGCCGAUAUGAAGGUUUUGAAGGGACUUUACGAAGAACUUUCUCUAGAUCAAAUCCAGACUUUAACAGCUAUGGCUGCUAGUCAAACUGUGAAGAGUGAAGGCGAAGAAAAAAUAAUUUCUGUGCUAUCGAGGUUUCUUGGAUCCACAGACUUGCUCAUCUCCUCGUGGUCGAGUAUUUAUGAGUUGGGCCUUGAUUCUAUCUCGGUCAUUUCCUUUUCCCGGACCCUUAGAGAAUCCGGCUUCCCCCAUGCUCAGCCAUCUUUGAUUAUGAAAAAUCCCACGAUUGCCGGUAUGGUUUCAGCCCUACAGAAUCACACGACCGCCCCUCCGUCAAAGGAAAAUCUCUAUCAAAAUGCGAAGCAAGCCAUCCAAGCCUUUGCCCACAAGCAUUCGCAUUCUAUCCUCGCAAGCAUCGGGAUACCUGGAACCGAUGUACAGCAAAUUGCGCCUUGCACACCGCUCCAGGAAGGAAUCAUUUAUCAUUUCCUGUCAAGCGACAAACCCAUGUAUUGCUCAUCUUUCGGUUUUGAGUUGAAGGAUUCCGUCAAUUUGGAUAAACUGAAGGCAAGUUGGGAGCAGGCUCAAAGCCAAGUUCAAAUGCUGCGAGCACGAUUUUGGCCAUCGCCGGAUGGCUAUGCUCAGGUUAUUCUCAGGAGAGAUGUACUCCCUUGGCUUCACAUGGAAGUUGCAUCCGAGAGAAUCAUUGAAAACUCCCGGAGGCACCAAGUUGAUCAUUGGAUAUCUCAUCUUGGCAAUCUUUCUACGGGACUGUGGGAAGUGGGGAUAAUCACUUCUCCAGAGAAGUCGACGAUGUUCCUCAACAUUUUUCACGCCCUAUACGAUGGAAACAGCUUGGGCCUUCUUCUUGAAUUGGUCGCUGGUAUUUAUAAUGGCCAUUCGAAAACGUCCAACAAUGACCCAGACUUCCUUGAUGUGUUACACCUAGGACCUCUGUGCAAAGACCCUUCGGCGGAAUCUUUUUGGAAAGAACAACUUGGAAAAUGUGAAGUACGUCCUCUGUUGAACUCGGAACAAAUCCAAGAAGCCGCCUUCGUGCAAUCGCAACGCAUAGAUAGCACGGAUCAUCUUGAUUACUUGAGAAACUCCCUCAAUGUCACCGAGCAAGGUAUCCUUCAUGCCUGCUGGCUGUUGACGCUUCAUCGGCAUUUUGGCUUUGUUCCGCCAAUUGGAAUUAUUGCUUCGGGUCGCACGAUUGACAUUCCUGGGAUUGAAAAUGUCAUCGGUCCAUUGUUCAAUACGAUUCCGAGCAAUGUGCAGCUUCGUGGGCUGAGAUCUUGGACAGAGGUUGCCCAGCGAUGCCAUGAAUACCACGUUUCCACGAUGCCAUUUCAAUCCACCGCCCUGCGUGAAAUUGUGAAAUGGCUCGGUAGGAAUCCUGAUGAGCCUCUAUUUGAUUCGCUUUUUGUUUUCCAGCGAGAAGAUGCUGAUGAGUCAUCAACGAGAAAUCUAUGGAGUCCAAAUGCCUCAGAAGCUGAGCAUGACUAUCCAUUGGCCUUUGAAAUUGUGCGAAACAACAACAAGUGUCUCACCAUAACGAUUGCGGCAAAAAGUCAUGCCGUUUCCCCAAAGACCGCCCAAGAACUCCUCUCGAGCUUUGAGGAUGUGUUGUCCGAAUUUGCACGAAAUCCCAAGCAUGAAAUGCCUUAUCUCAAUGGAGUGUCGGAAGAACCUCAAGCCCAACUGAACAGAAUUUCCAGUGUUCAAGAAAAUUCCAACCAUUUGACAGAAUCUUCAUUCCAAUGGACUACACAAGCUUGCAAAAUCCGUGAUGCGAUUGUCAGCCUUUCCGGUGUAGAUGUGGCUUCAGUUCGAGGCGAAACAUCUAUUUUCGAGGUGGGUCUUGACAGUAUUGAUGCCAUCAAGCUGUCAUCUAGGCUGAGCAACGUUGGAAUCAAGCUCCCUGUGAGCAUGAUCAUGCGCAGCCGCACAAUUAAGGCCAUGACCAGUCAAUUGACUGCCCCAGCCCAUCAGGAGCAGAAUGGCACCUAUCCGUUAUUGUGUCAAAGUGAACGAUCCCUAACAGAUUUCUUGGGGAAAGAAAGCCUCUUGCCUCAAGGUGUUUGUCGGGUUCUUCCAGCUACCCCAAUUCAAGAAGCAAUGGUUGCGGAGAUGACUGCAUCUGGGUACCAACAUUACUACAACCAUGAGGUUCUCAAACUUGAGCCACAUGUUGAUUGCGCAAAGCUCCGAGAAGCAUGGAAAAUUGUGGUCAAAACCCACCCAAUCCUACGUACUUCUUUCGUCGAGGUCUCAGAUCCCGAAAUUCCCAAUGCCUUUGCUCAGGUUAUUCAUAGUGAGGAUACUUUCGAUUUUCAAACUGUCCAUUUAAAUGGAUCAAGAGUCGACUCCAUAAUUGAUGUCCAGCGCAGGAGAGCAGCUGGCGAACUUGCGAAUUUCCCACUUCUGACGGUUACAGUCGCCAUUGAUGGAGAUGGUUAUUAUGUUAUUCUGUCCAUUGCACAUGCUCUCUACGAUGGUUGGUCAAUCAAUUUGUUACACGAAGAUGUGGCUAGGUCUUACUCUGGAGAAGACUGCACUCGCUCAUCUCCUGACGCAAUCCUGGAGCAAAUCAUUGCAUCUUCGGGCGAACAGGCUCUCCAAUUCUGGAGGUCAGCUCUGUCCAACUACACACCAGCUCCCUUCCCAACGGGAGCUCAUUCAGAGUCAACUUCUAUCGACGUUCACCGUGCAGAAAGACCCAUGUCUAUAUCAUCCGAACAGGCUGAUGCAUUUUGCAGGCGCGAAGGCAUCACCAUGCAAGCACUUUUGGUAAGUUGUUGGUCGCUUAUUCUAGCCACACAUACCAAGAAGCUGGAUGUUGUUUUUGGCCUUGUUUUGUCAGGUCGCAACGUCGCGAAUUCCGAGGAUGUGAUGUUCCCAUCCAUGAAUACUGUGGCCAUGCGUGUCAUUUUGCAUGGUACUCGUCUUGAUCUUGUGAAAUAUGUUCAAGAGACAUUGUUGAACAUCUCAGAGUAUCAGGAUUUCCCACUUCGACGAGUCAGACCUGACAGCAUGUCAAGUCCCCUGUUCGAUACGCUCUUCAUCUACCAAAAAAGACCUUCGGAAAGCGAAAAUGCUGGACAAGUUCUUUACAGAUCCACUGAAGCUGGCUCAUCGAGUGUUGAGUACCCAGUCUGCGCCGAGAUUGAAAGUCUAGGGGAGAGUCUGGUGGGUCGAGUGGCUUGUCGAGGCAAUCUUCUGGGAGAAGAAGAUACCCUAUCCUUGCUUGAACAUAUGGAACAUGUCUUGUUCUCAAUUGUCAAUCAGUCAGCCCAGCAGACGGUGGAUUUCAGAGGAGAGGUCAUGGAGAUUUGUGGCUAUCAGUUCUCACAGGAACUAUCUGUUCCAGCCGCGGAACCUAGAUUGCUGUCCCAAAUGCCUGGCCCAAGAGAGUGGUCACCCAUCGAGUCAAAGAUUCGCAGUGUUCUUGCCGUUGUAUCCGGCGUGUCCGAGGAAACAAUCGAUCCGGAAGCCAACAUCUUCCAGCUUGGCUUGGACAGCAUUAGUGCGAUCAAGGUCGCUGCACUUUUGAAAAAGCAAUAUGUAAAGCUAUCUGUCAGUGAUAUGCUCAAGGCGGGCACAAUCAAGAAGAUGGCGGCAGCAGUAGAAGACACCAAUCAGACAGAUCUCACAAUGACAGAUGUUGAGAGGGCCCUUGAUGAGUCUGUUCGUGGUAUUAACAUCACACCACUACUCCAGUCAUAUGGCAUCGAUUUGGAUCAAGUUCAACGAACAAUUCCUGCAACCGCUGGGCAGACCUACUUCCUGGCAAUGCACUCCUUGAACCCCAGCGUGUUUUAUCCCGAGUUCUCCUACUUGGCAACAAGACAAGUGAGUCAGGAAGUUCUCGAGAAUGCCUGGUCUUGUCUUAUAGAUCAGACCCCAAUUCUUCGAACGGCUUUCGUUCCUACCGAUGAUUCAAGAGUGCCGUAUCUCCAAGUUGUAUUCAAAUCCGCCCGAAUUCCUGUUCUUUGGCAUGAGGCAUUUGAUCACCAGCUUGUCAUUAUCAGUAGUGAUCAGGAAUUUGGUUCGAUACCUGUUGCAUUGCAUGCCUGUCAAACCAGCAAGGGCACGGCAGUUAUCUUGAAGAUUCACCACGCUCUCUACGAUGCAAUCAGCUUGCCAUGCAUGAUGAAUGAACUUACCCAGGCUUGCAACAACAUGCGGGCGCAAUUAAAAUUCGACACCCGGGACAUUGCCCAGCUCGUCGCUGUUCAACAUGUUCACUCGCCCGUUGGUGUUCGGCGCCUAUUCUGGAGCAAAUACCUAGACCAAAUCGCAAUGCGGGCAAUUGACAUGCCACCAUUGGGCGAGUUUGGGGCUAUCCAGCAGCAUUACCGACCGGGACUCGUUUCCAGCAUGUCUCAGGUUGAGAAGGCUGCAAAGCUUCGGGGCCUCAGUAUCCAAUCGAUCUUCUUGGCAGUUUAUGCUCGACUGCAUUUCCAGAUAUUUGGGGACUCUGAGGGUCUCGUGGUUGGAUUGUAUCUCGCCAAUCGGUCGUUCGUCACGGAGGGGCUAUCUGAACUCGUUGCGCCUACAGUCAAUAUCGUUCCACUGCGUUUAGACAACAAAAUCCACAGCGGUGGCGACUCACUCUUCACAGCUGCCAGAAAAAUUCAGGAUGACAUCCACUUGAUCAGUAUGAUCGAACAUUCUUGUGUAUCCCUAGUGGAGAUUGCCGAAUGGACCGGGGUGCGCAUCAACACUUGUAUCAAUUUUCUACGUUUACCUGAGGUGGAAGAGUCUGCCGGCACUGCGACCAACCAGACGGUCUUCAAGUCUAUUCCAUUCAGGGGAGUUAAAGAUGAGAAUGAGAUCAGUCUUGACAAAACUGAUCCACUCUUGACCAAUGGGGGCAUUACAGCGCCCGCUUCCACGCAAGUGAUGCGGGCCGCUGUUUCGACGGCGGCUAUGGGAGAUGUAUUCUUACCUACGAUGGAUGUGGAGGCAGCUAUCCGAGAAGACCGAUUGGACUUUGGAGUCUUCGCCCCAGACGCCCGAUUGGGUCACGACGUUGCUAUUCAAAUGAUUGAGAGAAUGCAGCAGGAUAUGAAUGCCCUAGUCGAGUAUUCUCAAUGA